AUGAGUACCUUUAAUGUUCCAGACUUCCCGUCUCUUGCUUAUAAACCAUAUAAUCAAAAUUCAAAUAAGCCAUAUAAUCAAAAUUCAAAUAAUGACGAUCGCAUACUAACAACUUCCGAAGAUUCUGAGUAUUCUGCUAGAAAAUUACGACAGCUUGAUAAGAUCAGUUCCGAGAACGAUUAUGACUAUUCUGUAUCAAAUUCUGAAGCAUCCGAAGAAAUUAUGCUUCAUAGGAAUGCAUCUUUAAGGAAACUUGAGGCAGUCACACGUGUAAAUUCUCAAAGAAAACUCGAAAGAGAUUAUUCUACUAGAAAAUUGAAACAGCUUGACAGUUUCGGCCCUGAAAACGAUUAUGAUUCAAGUGUAACUGGAGGACAACUAGUUACAAACUAUCCCUAUAAUACAUUUAAUUCUGAAGAAGUUGCACUUAAUAGGAAUGCCUCUCUAAGGAAACUUGGGACAGCAAAUUACCAAAGAAAACUCGCAAGUGAUUCUUUCAAAGAAUUGCAACAGCCUGAUCAGAAUAGAUCCACAAAUGCUCAUAAUUCAAUAAAACGACCAGUCACAGCCUAUGAACAAUUUCAAUUAA